GACACACUGGCAGCCAGACAGACAGAGGUUAAGAUCCACACACUUGACGACACACUGUCCGAGCUAAAGGGCAUAGAAACGUUAGACAAAUUGACACUUGGCGACACACAAGUUAAGGUAAACGCCAAGGGGCUAGACUACCUAAUAGCUAAAAGGGAAGCAGAAGUCAAGGUCGAGAAACUUGGCGACACUAGCCAACGCCGAAAAUGAUGCACUGGUGAUCACACUGGCUGACAUGCUAGCCGAGGUAGAGGUCGAGGCCUUUGGCGAAGAACAGGCCCAGAAGGAGGACGAGGCAUAAGUAGACACACUGGCUGAAAACGUGAAGGAGUGGCAAGUCAGCACAUUUGGCGACUUUGAGUGACACGGUAGCAGAGAAUGAAGUCGAGUCACUUUGCGACACGCAAAUUGAGGUAAACGCCAAGGCGCUGGACUACCAAAUGGCCGACAGGAAAGCAGAAGUCAAUGUCGAAAAACUUGGCGACACUAGUCAACACCGAAAAUAAUGACUGCUGAACAGAUUGGCUGACAGGCUAGUGCCGUUAGAGGUCGAAACACUUAGCAAAGAACAGGCCAAGACGAACGCCAAAGCACAAGUAGACACACUUGCUGAAAAGGUAACAGAGUGGCAAGUCAACAUAUUUGGCGACUUACUUUCUGUGGUAGUAGAGGCUGACGCGCAACGGAGACACUAGCCUACAGGCUUGCGCAGGUAGGUGUCCACACACUUGGCCAAACAUUAGGCGAGGUGAAAACCUGGUCUUUGGACUACACAUUAACUGACAGGAUACCAGAAUUAAAAGUCUACACAGUUGACACCACCGUGGCUGAGGUAGAAGCCGACGUGCUGGUCGUCCGACUGACUGACAUAUUUGCAGUUGCGAAAGUCGAGACACUUGCCUUCACUCUCGCCAACUGAAAACGCAAGGCACUGGUAAACACACCGGCUGUCAGGUGAGCAGAAGUUUAGUUCCAGACACUUCCGGAAAGACUGGCCGAGGUACAGGCCCAGAGGCUGGUCAAACAACUGGCUGACAAGCUAGCAGAGGUGUAGCUUGACACUUGUCCCCAAACAAUGGCCAAAGUAAAGUGUUAGGCGCUUGUAAACAAACUCGACUGUAGGCUAGCAGAGGGGGGGGUCGAGGCACUUAGCAACACACUGACCUAGGUAGAGGUUAAAAGGCUAGUUGACACACUAAUAGCCUAAUAGCCUAGGUAAGACACUGAGUAACACACUAGCUAAGAGGCAGUCUUACGAGUAAGUCAACAUAAUGGCUGACAGGCUAGCAGAGAUGGAGGUCAUGACGCUAAGCAACACACUGGCCGCAGUGGAUGCAAACGGCCUGGUGGACACCCAACUGAAGGGCUUCCAGAGGUUAAGGUAAACACACCUUCCAACAUAUUUUCGAAGGUGGAGGCUGACGCGCUUGUGGAGACACUGUCUGGAUAACUAGCAAAAGUGGAGAUCAAGGCAAUUGACGAAAGAUUGUCAGGCACAACAUUGCACGGAGGGGAUGGGGGAGGAAAGCUAUAUUUCCUCCUUUUGAAGUUCAUAACACGUAAAAAGGCCCAUUUUUGGGAGAACUGUCUCAACUCAUUUUGUCGCAGAAUGUAGCAGAGGAGCAAGUCGACACACUUCACGAAAAACUAGCGGAGGUUAGUCUUUGCACUUCCGACUAACUAAUAGGCUAUCAUAAGUAAAGGUCGAAUAACUUCACUACACACUGUCCGAGUUCGAGACGCUAGGCGACUCACUGGCGGAACUGAAGGCCAUGGCGAAGCUGGAUGCUGGAUACUGUAUGCUCAAAUACUUAGCGACACACUGUCUGAGGUGGAAAUUGACACGCUUGCUGACAAUCUGGUUGAGAGGCAAGCAAGGGUGGAAUUAAGUCACUUGAAAACACACUAGUAAGAAGAGUCAAAGAGGUGCUGCUCGACACACUGGCUGAUAGGCUAUCAGAGGUGUAGGUUGAGAAGCCUUGCGGGUCACUUGCUGAGGUGCAGGCUCAGACGCGCUGGUCGGCACGCUGGCUGGAAGAGAAAAACAGGUAGCGGUCGAGACACUUAGCGACACAGUGGUCGAGCUGGGGGCCAAGUAGUUGCUGGAUACACUGGGUGACAGGCUAGCAGAAAUGCAAGUGGAGACGACACACUAACAAAGAGGCUAGCCCAAGUGAAGGUCAACACAAUUUGCGAGAUACUGUACGAAGUAAAGGCUAAAACGAUUAUUAAGGCACUGGUGGAAAGGCAACAAAAGGUGGAGAACAAGACACUUGGCAAAAGACUGGCUGAAGUGAAGGCCAUGGCCGCACUGGCACUAGAGACUGAAGCGCUAGUGGACACAGUCGCUUACGGGGUAGAGGAGGUGGAUGUCCAGACCCUAUGCUACACACUUGCGGAGAUAGCCGCCGAGAUGCUUAUAUACACACUGGCUGACAGGCUACCAGUGGUGGAGGAAGAAAAAGUUGGCAACACGCAGGCCAAGGUGGAGUGCAAAGUGGCGCCCUAACACACUGGCGGCCAGAGAAACAAAGAUUAAGGUCUAAACACUUGGCUUCACACUGACAAAGAAAGAGGGCAAAGCGCUAGUCAACACACUGGCAACAGUUAUAAAGAGGUGAACGUCGAGACACUAAGCAACACAUUAAUUGAGGAACAGGCCUUGCCAAGAUCGAGAAACUAACUGAAAGGUUAGUAGUAUUGGAGGUGGAGACACAACAAAACACUGGCCGAGGUGGAGACCAGUAGGGUGGUUGACGUAGUUACUGACAGACUAACAGAGAGGCAAUUUGACACACUUCACAAAGCACUAGCCAAGGUUAGGCUUUGCACUUCAGACUAACUAAUAGGAUAUAAUAGCUAAAAGUCGAAUAACUUCACCACACACCGUCGGAGUUCGAGACGCUAGGCAACGCACUGGCCGAGCUAAAGGCCAAUGCGAUGCUGGAUGCUAAAUGCUGUAUGCUCAACAUGCUUGGCGACACACUGUCUGAGGUGGAGAUUGACACGCUUGUUGACACUCUCGUUGAGAGGCAAGCAAGGCUGGAAGUAAAAUCACUUGAAAACAGACUAAUAAAAAGGGAGAAAGAGGCGUUGCUUGACAGAUUGGCUGCUAGGAUAUCCGAGGUGUAGGUUGAGAAACCUUGCGAGUCCUUGGCUAAAAUGGAGGUCCAGGCGCUGGUCGAACCGCUGGCUGACAGGCUAACAGGGGUGAAGAUCGAGACAGGUUGCUGCACACCAGCCAAAGUGGAGUACCAGGCGCUUGUAAACAAACUGUUGCCAGGCUAGCAGAGGUGGAAUUUGAUGCUCUUAACCAUACAGUGGUGUUGGAGACGGCAGUCAACACAUUGGCUGACAUACUGUCUAAGAGAGAGUAACAAACACACUAGCCCAGCAGCCGACCUUAGUGCACGUCUACACAUCUGCUCACAGGGGAGCAGAGGUGGAGGUCAAGACACUUAGCGACACAGUGGUCGAGCUGGAGGGCAAGUAGCUGCUUUAUACACUGGGUGACAGGCUAGCAGAAAGGCAAGUUGGAACGACACACGAACAAAGAGGCUAGUGCAAUUGGAGGUCUACACAUUUUGCGGGAUACUGUAGAAGAUGAAGGCUAAGGCGAUAAACGAGGCACUGGUGGAAAAGCAAGCAAUAGUGGAGAACAACACACUUGGCAAAAGACUAGAUAAAGUGGAGGCUAAGGCCACACUGGCGGAUAGGUUGGUAGCGGUAGAGGUCGACACAUUUGCGGACAAACGGUCUAUGGACUGUAGCGCUGGCCGACACUGUUGCUCACAGGGUAAAAGAUGUGGAUGUCCAGACUCUAUGCUUCACACUUGCCAAGGUGGAUGCCGAGAGGCUUAUAUACGCACUGGCCGACAAGCUACGAGUGGUGGAAGAAGAAAAAUUUUGCAACACGCUUGCCAAGGUAAAGUGCAAAGCGGUGCUUGACACACUGGCAGUCAGAGAAACAGACGUUUUGGUCCACACACUUGGCGACACACCUUCCGAGCUAAAGGGCAUAGAAACGUUAGACAAAUUGAGUGACACGGUUGGAGGGAGUGAGGUCGAGUUACUUGGCGACACACAAGUUAAGAUAAACGCGAAGGUGCUGGACUACCUAAUGGCUUACAGGCAAGCAAAAGUAAAGGCCGAGAAACUUGGCGACAGUGGCCAACGCCGAAAGUGAUGCACUGGUGAACACACUGGCUGACAGGCUAGCCGAGGUAGAGGUUGAGACACUUCGCGAAGUACAGGCCGAGGAGGAGGCCAAGGCACAAGUGCACACACUGGCUGGAAACCUAACAGAGUGGCAUGUUAAGACAUUUGACGACUUCCUGUCCAUGGUGGAGGCUGACGCCCAAUGGAGACACUAGCCUACAGGCUUGCGGAGAAAGACGUCCACACACUUGGCGAAACAUUAGGCGAGGUGAAGAACUAGUCUUUGGAGUACACAUUAACCGCCAGGCUACCAGAGUUAAAGGUCCGCACAGUUGACACCACCGUGGCUGAAGCAGAAGCCAACGUGCUGGUGGACGGACUGACUGACAGGCUUGCAGUUGUGAAAGUCGAGGCACUUACCCACACUCUCGCCAAUUGAAAACGCAAGGCACUGGUAGAAACACUGGCUGUCAAGCUAGCAGACGUUUAGUUGCAGACGCUUAACGAGGGACUGGCCGAGGUACAGUCCCAGAGGCUGGUGAAACAACUGGCUGACAAGCUUGCAGAGGAGUAGUUCGACACUCUUCGCCAGACACUGGCUAAAGUAAUGUCUUAGGCGCUUGUGGAUAUACUGGACUAUAGGCUAGCAGAGGUGGGUGUCGAGGCACUUAACGAAACACUGAGCUUGGUAGAUGCUGAGAGGCUAGAAGACACACUAACUAAUAGCCUAACAGAGUUACCGGUAAGACACUAAGCGACACACUAGCUAAGAGGCAGGCCGAUGCGUAAGUCAACAUAAUGGCUGAGAGGCUCACAGAGAUGAAGGUCAGGACACUAAGCAAGACACUGGCCGUGUUGGAUACAAAUGUGCUGGUCGACACCCUAACUGAGAGGCUUUCAUAGGUUGAAGUAAACUUACAAGGUGACAUAUUUUCGAAGGUGGAGGGUGACGCGCUGGUGGAGACACUGUCUGAAUGACUAGCAAAGGUUGACAUCAAAGGAAUUGGCAAAAGACUGGCCUGAGUGAAAGUUAAGGCGGUAGUAGACAGACUGGCUGAAGUGCAAACCGAGGCGAAGGUCAAGACACUCGGCAACACCCUCGCUAGGGUAUGGGCUUAUGGAGACGCUGGUCAAACAAGAAAAGGACAAGGUAGCAGAGUUGUAGAGAAAGUUGACAAACUUGGCGAGACACUGGCCUAGGUCGGAGGCAGAGAGGCUGGUCGACACUCUCUCCAAGAACGUACCAAAGUUGGAGGUCAAGACACUUGUCCACACUCUUACUGACAUGCUAAAUGAGGUAAGACUCGAGACACUUGACUUCACACUGACAAAGAAGGACGCCAAAACUCUAAUCAACACACUGGCCAACAUUCAAAGAGAGGUCGACGUCGAGACACUGAGCAACACAUUAAUCGAGAUGCAGGCGUUGCCCAGUUUAAAACAAUAACUGAAAGGUUAAUAAUAGUCCAGACUCUAUGCCACACACUUGCGGUGAUGGACACUAAGACGCUUAUACACGAAUUGGCUGACAGGCAACCNUCGAGACACUGAGCAACACAUUAAUCGAGAUGCAGGCGUUGCCCAGUUUAAAACAAUAACUGAAAGGUUAAUAAUAGUCCAGACUCUAUGCCACACACUUGCGGUGAUGGACACUAAGACGCUUAUACACGAAUUGGCUGACAGGCAACCAGUAGUCGAGGAAGAAAAAGUUGGCAGCACGCCAGCCAAGGUGGACUGCCAAGCGGUGCUUGACACCCUGGCAGCCAGAGAAAAAGAGGUUAAGGUCCACACACUUGGCCAAAUGUUAGGCGGGGGGAAGACUUAGAGAAUGGACUACACAUUAACUCACAGGCUACCACAGUUAAAGGACAAAGACAGUUGACACAACCGUGGCUAAGACAGAGGCCGACGUGCUGGUCGACGAACUGACUGGCAGGCUAGCCGUUGCGAAAAUCGAGACGCUUGCCUACACUCUGACCAACUUAAAACGCAAAGCACUGUUACACACAGUGGCUGUCAGGCUAGCAAAAGUUUAGUUCUAGACACUUGGUGAAAGACUCGGCGAGGUACAGGCCCAGCGGCUGGUCAAACAACUAGCUAACAAGCUAGCAGAGGUGUAAUUUUACACACCCUGCCAGACACUGGCCAAAGUAAAGUCUUAGGCGCUUGUGAACACACUCGACUGUAAGCUACUAGACAUGCGGGUCGAGGCAUUUAGCGACUGACUAACCUAGGUAGAUGCUAAGAAGCUAGUCGAAACACUAACUAAUAGCCUAACAGAGUUAGAGGUAAAACACUGAGUAACACGCUAGCUAAGAGGCAGGCUUACGCGUAAGUCAACAUAAUGGGUGGUUGGUUAGGGAAUAUGGAGGUUAGGACACUAAGGGACACACUGGCAAUGUUGGAUUCUAACGCGUUGGUCGCCACCCUAACUGAGAGGCUUGCAGAGGUGGAGGUAAACACAUUUGGCAACAUAUUUUCCAAGGUGGUGGCUGACACACUGGUGGAGACACUGUCUAAAUAACUAGCAAAGGUUAAGAUCGAAGUUAAUUGGCAAAAGAAUGGCCUUACUAGAAGCUAAGGCCCUGGUGGACACACUAGCUGAAAGGCAAGCCCAGGCUGAGCUCAAAACACUCGGUGAGACCCUCGUGAAGGUAGAGGCCUAGGGAGAGGCUAGUGAAACAACAAAAGACAAGCUAGCAGAGUUGUAGAGAAAGUUGACAAACUUGCCGCGAAACUUUCGUAGGUGCAGGCGAAGAGGCUGGUCGACACUCUCUCUAAGAGCCUACCAAAUUUUUAGGUCAGGACACUUCUCCGCACACUGACUGACAUGCUAAAUGAGGUAUGAGUUGAGACACUUGGCCUCAAAAAAGAGAGAGCAAGGCGCUAUUCAACACACUAGCCAGAAAUCAAAGAGAAAUGGACGCUAAGACACUGAGCAACACAUCAGUCGAGGUUCAGGCCUUGCGUUGGUCGAAACACUAACUGAAAGGUCGGUAUUGGAGGUGGAGACACUUAGCAAAAGACUGGCCGAGGUGGAUAUCAGGAGCCUGGUUGAAGUACUGGCUGACAGACUAGCAGAGAGGCAUGUUCACACACUUCACAAAACACUAGCCGAGGUUAGGCUUUGCACUUCAGACUAUCUAAUAGGCUAUCAUAAGUGUAGGUCGAAUAACCUCACGACACACUGUCCGAGUUCAAGACGCUUGGCGACUCACUGGCCGGGCUGAAGGCCAUGGCGAUGCUUGAUGCUGUAUGCUUAACAUACUUGGCGACACACUAUCUGUCUUACUGGCCGAGCUUAAGGCCCUGGGGCGAUGCUGGAUGCUGAAAGCUGUGUGCUCAUCAUACUUGGCGAAACAUUGUCUGAGGUGGAGAUUGACACUCUUGUUGACACUCUAGUUGGACUUACUGUCCGUGGUAAAGGCUGACGGCCAACCGAGAGACUACCCUACAGGCUUACGGAGGAAAAGGUCUACACACUUAGUUAAAUGUUAGGCGAGGUGAAGACCUAGACUUUGGACUACACGUUAACUCAGAGGCUACAAAAAUUAAAGAUCAACAGAGUUGACACCACCGUCGCUAAGGCAGAGGCCGACGUGCUGAUCGACGAAGUGACUGGAAAGCUCUUAGUUGCGAACGUCGAGACACUUGCUUACACUCUGACCAACUGAAAACGCAAGGCACUGGUAGACACACUGAAUGUCAGGCUAACAGAAGUUUAGUUACAGACAUUGGCGAAAGACUGGGCGAGGUACAGGCCCAGACGAUCGUCAAGCAACUGGCUGACAAGCUAGCAGAGGUGUAGCUUGAUACUCUUCGCCAGACACUGGCCUAUGUAAAGUCUUAGGCGCCUGUAAACACACUCGACUAUAGGUUAGCAGAAGUUGGGGUCGAGACACUUAGCAACACACUGACCUAGGUAGAGGUUAAGUGGCUAGUCGACACACUAACUAACUGACAAGCUAGCAGAGGUGUAGUUCGACACUCUUCGCCAGAGACUGGCCAAAGUAAAGUCCUAGGCUCUUGUUAACAAACUCGACUAUAGGCUACCAGACGUGCGGAUCGAGGCAAAUAGCAACACACAGACGUAGGUAGAUGCUGAGAGGCUAGUCCGCACACUAAGUAAUAGCCUACUAAAAUUGGAAGUGAAGACACGUCCUCAUACUGACUGACAUGCUAAAAAAGGUAGGAUUCGAGACACCUGGCUUCACACUAACAGAGACGAAAGCCAAGGCGCUAGUCAACACACUGGGCAACAGUCAAAGAGAGGUGGACGUCGAAACACUGAGCAAUCGAGGUGCAGGCAUUGUGUAGGUUGAGACGAUAACGUAAAAGUUAAUAGUAUUAGAGGUGGAGACCCUUGGCAAAAGACUUGCCGAGGUGGAUGCCAGGAGGCUGGUUGAUCUACCUGCUGACAGACUAGCAGAGGAACAAGUUAACACACUUUACAAAACACUGGCCAAGGUUAGGCUUCGCACUUCACACUAACUAAUAGGCUAUCAUAGGUAAAGGUCGAAUAACUUCACUACACAGUGUCCGAGGUCAAAACGCUAGGCGACUUUUUGGCCGAGCUUAAGGCAAUGGCGAUGCUGGAUGCUGGAAGCUGUGUGCUCAUCAUUCUCGGCAAGACACUGUCAUAGGUGGAGAUUAACACGCGGGUUGACACUCUAGUUCAGAGGUAAGCAAGAAUGCAGAUAAAGUCACUCCAAAACACACUAGCGAAAAAAGAGAAAGCGGCGCUGCUUGACAAAUUGGCUACUAGGCUAUCAGAGGUGUAGGUUGAGAAACCUUGCGAGUCACUGGCUGAGAUGGGAUCCGGGCUCUGGUCGACACGCUGGCCGGAAGGGAGAAACAGAUAGACGUCGAUACAGUUUAGAACACAUUGCUUGAGGUGGUGGCCGAGAUACUGGAAGACACACUGGCUGACAGGCUAGCAGUGGUGAAGGUCGGGACAGUUGGUUAUACACCGGCCAAAGUGGAUUAGGAGGCGCUCGUAAAACAAAAUGUCUGCAAGGCUAACAGAGGUGGAAUUUGAUACUCUUAGCCAUAAAGUGGUUUUGGGUUACGGAAGUCAACACCUUGUGUGACAUGCUACCUGUCUAAAACAGAUCGAUUUUGAGAAACUUAGCAACACACUAGCCGAGGUGCCAACCUUGGCGCAGGUCGACACACCGGCUGUCAGGCGAGCAGAGAUGGAGGUCGAGACACAGUGGCCGAGCUGAACCAUACAGUGGAGUAGGUCUAGGCAGUGAACACAUUAGCUGACAUGGUAACUGUCUAAGAGAGAUUAACUUUAAGACACUAUGCAACACACUAAUUGAGCUGUUACCAUAGCGCAGGUCGACCCACCGGCUAACAGGCGAGCAUAAGUAAAGGUCGAGACACUUAGCGAAUCAGUGGCCGUGCUAGAGGCCAAAAAGGUGCUGUAUUUACUGGGUGACAGGCUAGCAGAAAUUCAGGUUUGACACGACACACUAACAAAGAGGCUAGCCCAAGUGGAGGUCAACACAGUCUUGUAGAUACUGUAAGAGGUGAAAGCUAAAGCGAUAAUCGAGGCACUGGUGGAAAGGCAACAAAAGGUGAAGACCAACACAGAAGGCAAAAGACUAGCUAAAGUCGACUCUAGGGCCACACUGGCGGACAGGCUGGUAGCGGCAGAGGUCGACAGACUUGGGGACAAACUGUCCAUAAUAAAGACUGAAGCGCUAGUGGACGCACUUGUUUGAAGAGUAAAAGAAGUGGAUGUUGAGACCCUUUGCUACACAGUUGACGAGGUGGAUGCCGAGACGCUUAUAUACACACUGGCUGACAGGCUACCAGUGGUGGAGGAAGACAAAGUUGGCAACACGCCCGCCAAGGAAAGCAAAGCGGUGCUUGACACACUUGCAGCCAAAGAAACCGAGGUUAAAAUCCACACACUUGGUGACACACUGUCUAAGCUAAAGAACAUAGAAACGUUUGACACAUUGAGUCAUCCGGUAGCAGAGAAUGAGGUCGAGUCACUUGGCGACACACAAAUUGAGGUAAACGCCAAGGCGCUCGACUACCAAAUGCCUGACAGAGAAGCAGAAGUAAAGGUCGACAAACUUGGUGAUACUAGCCAACGCCGAAAAUAAUGCACUGCUGAACAGACUUGCUGAGAGGCUAGUGCAGGUGGGGGUCGAGACACUUGGCAAAGGACAGGCCAAGGCGGACGCAAAGAAACAAGUAGACACCCCGGCUGAAAAGGUAACAGAGUAAAACGUCAACACAUUUGGCGACUUACUUUCUGUGGUAGAGGCUAACGCGCAACGGAGACACUAGUCUACACGUUUGCGGAGGUAGGCGUUUACACGCUCGGCCAAAUAUUAGGUGAGGUGAAGACCUAGUCUUUGGACUACACAUUAACCGACAGGCUACCAGAAAUCUACACAGUUGACACCACCGUGUCAACUAACUAUGGUCUAGGCAGGUCUGGGCAGAAGCCGACAUGCUGGUCGUCGGACUGACUGACAUAUUUGCAGUUGCAAAAGUCGAGAGUUUGGCCUACACUACGCCAACUGAAAACGCAAGGCACUGGUAAACAGACCGGCUGUCAGGCUACCAGACGUUUAGUUCCAGAUAUCUCCCGAAUGACUGGCUUAGGUACAGGCUCUGAAGCUGGUCAAACAACUGGCUGAAAAGCUAGCAGAGGUGUAGCUUGACAUUCUUCGCCAGACAAUGGCCAAAGUAAAGUCUUAGGCGGUUGUAAUUGCACUCGAUUAUAGGCUAGCAGAGGUGGGGGUCGAGGCACUUAAAAACACACUGACCUAGGUAGAGGUUGAGAGGCUAGUCGAUACACUAACUAAUAGCCUAAUAGCCUAGGUAAGACACCGAGUAACACACUAGCUAAGAGGCAGGCUUACGGGUAAGUCAAGAUAAUGGCUGACAGGCUAGCAAAGAUGAAGGUCAGCACACUAAGCAACACACUAACCGUGUUGGAUGCAAACGCCCUGGUGGAAAACCUAGUUGAGAGGCUUGCAAAGGUGAAAGUAAUCACACUUUGCAACAUAUUUUCGAAGGUGGAGUCUGGCGCGCUAGGGGAAACACUGUCUGAAUAACUAGCAAAGAUGGAGAUCGAGGCAAUUGACGAAAGACUGUCCUAAGUGGAAGCUAAAGGGGUACUAGACACACUACCUGAAGUGCAAGCGAAGGCAGAUGUCAAGACACUCGGCGACAACCUCGUGAAGGUAAUGGCCUGGAGAAAGGCUGGUCAAACAACGAGAGGAUAAGCUAGCAGAGUGGUAAAGAAGUCAAGAAACUUGGCGAGACACUGGCCUAGGUGGAGGCGGAGGGUCUGGUCGACACCCUCUCUAAGAGCCUACACAAGUUGGAGGUCAAGACACUUCCCUACACAGUGACUGACAUGCUAAAUGUAAUAGGAGUCGAGAUAUUUGGCUUCACACUCACAAAGAAAAACGCUAAGGCGUUAGUCAACACACUGGCCAACAGUCAAAAAGCGGUGGACGUCGAGAUACUAAGCACACAUUAAUCGAGGUGCAGGCCUUGCCUAGGUUAAGACAGUAACUGAAAGGUCAGUAGUAUUGGAGGUCAAGACACUUAGCAAAAGACUGACCGAGGUGCAGGCCAGAAGGCUGGUUGACGUACUGGCUGAAUGACUAGCAGAGGAGCAAGUUGACACACUUGACAAAACACUAGCCGAGGUUAGUCUGGUAGACACACUGGCUGACAGGCUAGCAAUGGUGAAGAUAGGGACAGUUGCCUACACACUGGUUAAAGUGGAGUACCACGCGCUGGUAAACAAACUGUCUGCAAGGUUAUUAAAGGUGGAAUUUGAUACUCUCAACCAUAGAGUGGUAGGUGACAGAGGUGGAAUUUAAUACUUUUAACCAUACACUGGUGUUCCUUAAGGCAGUCAACACAUUGGCUGUCAUGCUAAUUCUCUCAGAGAGAUUGCCUUUGAGAAACUAAGCAACACACUAGCCGAGGCGCAGACCUUCGCGCAGGUCGACACACCACCUUUCAGGCGAGCAGAGGUUGAGGUUGUAACACUUAGCGACACGGUGGCUGAGCUGGAGGCAUAGAAGCAGCUGAAUACACUAGGUGACAAUGUAGCAGAAAUGCAAGUUGACAAGAAACACUAAGAAAGAGGCUAGUCCAAGUGGAGGUCAACACAGUUUCCGAGAUACUGACUCUAUGCUACACACUUGCCGAGGUGAACACCGAGAUGCUUAUAUACACACUGGGUUACAAGCUACCAGUGGUGGAGGAAGAAAAAGUUCGCAUCACGCCGGCCAAAGUGGAGUGCAAAGCGGUGGUUGACACACUGGCAGCCGGAGAAAAUGAGGUUAAGGAUCGAAACUUUGCGACACACUAUCGAGCUAAAGGGAUGGAAAUGUUUGACACAUGAGCGACAAGUAGCAGUAAUUGAGGUCAAAUCAUUUCGCGACACACAAGCUAAAGUAAACGCCAACGCGCUUGACUACCAAAUGGCUGACAGAAAAGCAGAAGUAAAAAUGAACAAACUUGGCGACACUAGCCAACGGCAAAAAAUGAUGCACUGGUGAACAUACUGGCUGACGGGCUAGCAAAGGUAGACGGCGAGACACUAAGGCUAAGGCAGAGACAAACGUGCUCCUCGACGAACUAACUGACAGGCUACCAGUUGCCAAAGUCGAGACACUUGCUUACACUCUGACUAACUGAAAACGCAAUGCACUGGUAGACACACUGGCUGUCAGGCUAGCAGCAGAAGUUUAGUUCAAGACACUUGGCGAAAGACUGGGCGAGAUACAGGCCCAGAGGCCGGUCAAACAACUGGCUGACAAGCUAGUAGAGGAGUAGUGGGACACUCUUUGCCAGACACUGGCCAAAGUAAAGUCAUAAACGCUUUUGAAAACUCGACUAUAGGCUACCAGUCGUGUGGGUCGAGGCAAAUAGCAACACAUGGACGUAGGUAGAUGCUGAGAGGCUAGUCGGCACACUAAAUAAUAUCCUAACAGAGUUAGAGCUAAGACACUAAGCAAUACACUAGCUAAGAGUCAGGCCCAGGCGUAGGUCAACAUAGUGGUUGACACGCUAGCAAAGAUAGAGGUCACGACACCAAGCGAGACACUGACUGUUUUGGAUACAAACACGCUGGUCGACAUCCUAACUGAGAGGCUUGCACAGAUGGAGGUAAACCCACUUGGCAAAAUAUUUUUCGAAUGUGGACACUGACGCGCUGGUGGAGACACUUUCUGGAAAACUAGCAAAGGUACACAUCAAGAAAAUUUCCAAAAGAAUGACCUUGAUGGAAGCCAAAGCGCUUGUAGAAACACUGGCCGAAGGGCAAGCAGAGGCGGAGGUCAAGACACUCGGCGAGACGCUCGUGAAGGUAGAGGCCUACAAAGAGGCUGGUGAAACAUCAAGAGGAGAAGCUAGCAGAGUGUUAAAGAAGGUCGACAAUCUUGGUGAGACACUGGUUUAGGUGGAGGCGGAGAGGCUGGUCGACACUCGCUAAGAGUCUACUAAAGUUGGAGGUCAAGACACUUAUCGACACACUGACUGACAUGCUAAAAGAGGUAGGAGUCGCGACACUUGGCUUCACACUAAAAGAGACGAAAGCCAAGGUGCUAAUCAACACAGUGGCCAAUAGUCAAAGAGAGGUGGACGUAGUAACACUGAGCAAUCAAGGUGCAGGCAUUGUCUAGGUUAAGACAAUAUCUAAAAAGUUAAGAGAAUGAAGGUGGAGACACUUGGCAAAAGACUGGCCGAGGUGGAUGCCAGGAGGCUGGUUAACAUACUAGCUGACAGGCUAGCAGAAGAAGAACAAGCCAAGGCGGACGCCAAGGGACAAGUAGACACAAUGGCUGAAAAGGUAACAGAGUGACAAGUCAACACAUUUGGCGGCUUACUGUCUGUGUUAGAGGCUGACGCGCAAGGGAGACACUACCCUACAGGCUUGCAGAGGUAGGCGUCUACACACUUGGCCAAUCAUUAGGCGAGGUAAAGACCUAGUCUCUAGACUUCGCAUUAACUGACAGACUACUAGAUUUAAAAGUCUACACAGUUGACACAACCGUGGCUGAGGCAGAAGCCGACGUGCUGGUCGUCGAACUGACUGACAUGUUUGCAGUUGGCAAAGUGGAGACACUCGGCUAAACUCUCGCCAACUGAAAACGCAAGGCACUGGCAAACACACUGGCUGUCAGGCUAGCAGAAGUUUAGUUAAAGAUACUUGGCGAAAGACUGGCCGAGGUACAGGGGCAGAGGCUGGUCAAACAACUGACAAGCUAGCAGAGUUGUAGCUUGACACUCUUCGCCAGACAAUGGCCAAAGUAAAGUCUUGGGCGCUUGUUAAAACACUACAAUAUAGGCUAGCAGAGGUGGGGGUCAAGGCACUAAGCAACACACUGAACUAGGUAGAGGUUAAGAGGCUAGUUGACACACUAACUAAUAGCCUUAUCGCCUAGGUAAGACACUGAGCAACACACUAGCUAAGACGCAAGCUAACGCGUAAGUUAAUAUAAUGGCUGACAGGCUAGCAGAGAUGGAGGUCAGGACCUUAAGCAACACACUGGUCGUGUUGGAUGCAAACGCCCUGGUGGAAAACCAAAGUGAGGGCUUGCAGAAGUAAAGGUAAACACACUUGGCAACGUAUUUUCGAAGGUGGAGGCUGACGCGCUGGUGGAGUCACUGUCUGGAUAACUUGCAAAGGUGGAGAUCGAGGCAAUUGACGAAAGACUGUCCUAAGUAGUAGAUAAAGCGGUAGAAAUAGUAAUAAGUCAUUAAUUGCCUUAUUUGCAUGAGAGCAUCGUUUUACAGUAUUGACAACAAAAAUAUAAAACAAAUAGCACUAAUAAUAAUCUAGAAAAAUUCAGUUACCUUACUAACAAUAAAUCACGUAUUUUCAUACAGAAGGAAACAAACUUCAUAACUAACUUAUUUACAUGAUGGUCCUUUGAAUUUAUUAUCAGUUUUAUGCUUUCUGGAAAUGAUUUCUUUUCAACGUCAGGUAUUAUUCGAUUGAUUUUAUUAAUAAAUGCCUGUCUCUGUACUUUGUUACAUUGAAAGAGGAAAUGAAUCUCAUCUAUUACCUGAUUUGAGUUACAUAAGGGACAUAAUCGAUAUUUUCUUGGCAAAUGAUCGAUUUGGUAUCGACUAUGUUCAAUCAUAAGUUUGUGAUUACUUCUUUUAAAUUUAACAAAAUUUUCUCGUUCGUCAUAAUGUCUUACGUGGUAGAGACAAUCAGAUGUAGAAUAUUAAUCUUUAAAAGGUUUACAAAAUUCUCGUUUUUUUGAAUUUUCAAGCUGUGCCGCCAAAAAAAUAGAUAUUUCUCUCUCAUUUCUGUGGUAUAUCGUCUAAUUUUUUCAUUAUCUUGAGAUUCAACAUCUAAACUGCUUAGAUUGUAUUGUUUAAACAUGUUUAUGAAAUUGGAAAAAUAUCCUGAAUUAUUCAUAGCCUGUAGAUUCUUUGACAUAACGAAAGACUUUUUUACUGUACAGUUAUUAUCUUUGUUGUUGAGGUAAACAAAAUAUUUUAUAAUUUUCUGAUUUAUCGGGAUAAGCAGCGGCAAUCUAUCAAGUUCAGCUCUGCAAGCUAUGUUAGAGGCCUUAUUGUUGACCCUUAAGUAACGUUUACAGAAUUUGAGGUGGAGUUUUUCUAUUAGGGAGCUAUCCCAUUUUUUUAAAUUUUGCUUGGUGUACAUUCCUCAUACCACGCUGUUGUAACUCAAGAUUGGGAAUACUUUGGUGUCAAAAAUUUGGGAUGCAGUAUUAGGAUUAAGUUUGUAAGGAAUUGUCCUCUUCCGAAUACUAGACAACGCGUGAAGGGCCUUUUCUUUAAAGUGUUCGAAUGCAAGUGUAAAGUUUUCCGUUAGAGUAAAANUAUCAAGUUCAGCUCUGCAAGCUAUGUUAGAGGCCUUAUUGUUGACCCUUAAGUAACGUUUACAGAAUUUGAGGUGGAGUUUUUCUAUUAGGGAGCUAUCCCAUUUUUUUAAAUUUUGCUUGGUGUACAUUCCUCAUACCACGCUGUUGUAACUCAAGAUUGGGAAUACUUUGGUGUCAAAAAUUUGGGAUGCAGUAUUAGGAUUAAGUUUGUAAGGAAUUGUCCUCUUCCGAAUACUAGACAACGCGUGAAGGGCCUUUUCUUUAAAGUGUUCGAAUGCAAGUGUAAAGUUUUCCGUUAGAGUAAAAGGUGUCCCUAAAUAAGUGUAUCGAUGGACAAUUUGAAUCGACUCACUGCCUAUGUUGAUUUUGAUACCAAUAGAUUUUUUUGCCCGUUACUGGAAUAUCAGGAUUUUUGUUUUCCUCAAAUUAAUUUCUAGCUUCCAUUUGUCACAAUGCAAGGAAAGCGCAUUUAAACAGUUCUGUAAUCCAGUUUUCGAUCUUGAUAGAAUAACUAAAACAUUUGCCUAAGAAAGUGAAUUUAUUUUUUUCUCAUUUGGAAGAACAAAUGGGUCAGAUAAGGUGUUUCCAAAUAAAUAGGGUAGAUUGUUUAAAUAGAGGUUAAAUAAAUGAGGACUUAAAAUACAGCCUUGACAUACACCUCUGGAAUAUGAAAAAGGCUGUGUUUUGUUUUCACCGAUUUUGAUGGAACAUGUCAAGUUGCAAUAAAGGCUUUUCACGAGGUUAUACAAGUUUCCUUCUAUAUUCGCUUUUAGCAGCUUAUAAAACAACUCUUCGUGCCAAAAAGAGUCAAACGCUUUGCAGAAAUGUACGAGACAAGCGUAGACUUUUUCCUUGUGAUAAUGCACAUAUUUAUCUAUUAAGGUCGUUAGAGUUAAAACAUGGUCUGCAGUGCGGUUUUAAGGCAAAAAGCCAAUUUGGGAAUUAUGUAAUAUCUUAUUUUCCUUAAAAUACAAGUGAAGCCUUCGAUUUAACAUACUGGCUGAAGUGCAGGCGGAGGCAGAUGUCAAGACACUUGGCGACACGCUCGUGAAGGUAGGGGCCUGACGAGAGGCUGGUCGAACAACAAGAGGACAAGCUAGCAGAGUGGUAAAGAAGUCGAGAAACUUGGCAAGACACUGUCCUAGGUGGAGGCGGAGAAACUGGUCGAGACUCUCUCUAAGAGGAUACAAAAGUUGGGGAUCAAGACACACCUCUACACACUGACUGACAUGCUUAAAGAGGAAGGAGUCGAGACUCUUGGCUUCACACUGACAAAGAAAAAGGCCAACGCGUUGGUUAACAAUCUGGCCAACAGUCAGAAAGAGGUGGACGUCGAGACACUAGGCAACACAUUAAUCGAGGUGCAGGCCUUGCCUAGGUUAAGACACUAACUGAAAGGUUAUUAGUAUUGGAGGUUGAGACACUUAGCAAAAGACUGGCCGAGGCGGAGGCCACGAGGCUGGUUAACCUACUGGCUGACAGGCUAGCAGAGGAGGAAGUUGACACACUU